ACGUGAGAGGGGCGGGGUUGAAGGGAGGUCACGUGGUGCGAGAGCGGAGGAGCCGCAGUGUUGUAAUUUGUAAAUACUGUUAUUUGUAUAUACUGUAAAUGAUGACCUUGCUGGCGACAAAUCGUACCAGAGGCAACUGGGAACAGACACAAACUCAGACACAACACAAGCAGAGGCCACAGGCCACCGCAGAGCAGAUCAGACUGGCGCAGAUGAUUUCAGAUCAGAACGAUGCAGACUUCGAGGAGAAUGUCAAACAGUUGAUCGACAUCACAGGGAAGAACCAAGAUGAAUGUGUAAUCGCACUUCACGACUGUAAUGGAGAUGUCAACAGAGCUAUUAACGUCUUGCUGGAGGGGAACCCAGACACUCACUCCUGGGAGAUGGUGGGGAAGAAGAAGGGGGUGUCUGGACAGAAAGAAGCAGGACCCACAGAGCCCAGCGAGGAAACGCGUGAGAACAAAGACAGAGAGCGAGAUUUCAGCCGCAGGCGUGGAGGUGCCCCCAGGAGGGGCCGAGGAUCCAGCCGCGGGAGGGAGUUUCGGGCUCAGGAAAACGGAUUAGAAGGGGGCAAAAGUGGUGGCUCCUCUGGGCGAGGCACAGAGAGAGGACGCCGCGGUCGUGGAAGAGGAAGAGGGGGGUCAGGAAGACGAGGUGGAAGAUUCUCUGCGCAGGGUAUGGGAAUCUUCAACCCCGCCGAUUACGCUGAGCCUUCCACCAACGAGGAUAGUUAUGGCAACACCAACACAUGGAGCAACCCCGCUAAUUUUGAGCCUGACGACGGAUCAAGACUUGAUUACAUUGGUGGUGAGGGUUCAGAUAAUCCCCGAAAAUUUGCCUCUGCUCCUGGUAUGACUCAUCCAGGUGCUUUGACUGCCCCUGAUAACACUUUUAUUUCUGAUUGUUGUGUGUACCUAAUCCUGUCCACGCAGCAGCCGGGCUGGGAACACAUGCAGCUUUCGGAGACCAAGAUCUUCACAGCAUCCAGUGUGUCAUCUGUCCCGCUGUCCUCGGAGAGUGUGACAAUCACUGCAGGCCAGAGGAUUGACUUGGCCGUUUUGUUGGGCAAAAGCCCUUCUGUGGAGAACGAGGGACCUGCGCUGGACCCUGCACAGAACUCCAACCUGGCUCAACCUCUUGUCUUCAGCAACUCCAAACAGAGCAGCCUCACUCAGAACAGCCCCAGCAGCUCCUUCUCCCACCACAGCAUGGUCGGCAUGUUGAGUAAGGGUUUUGGAGACGGAGAUCACAAGGGCAGCAGCACCACCGGAUCACAGUUCCUGGAGCAGUUUAAGACAGCGCAGGCCCUGGCACAGCUGGCAGCCCAACACUCGCAGUCUGAUGCAUCCAGUAACAACGCCUGGGACCUGACAUCUGCAGCACAGCCGCCAUCCCUCGGGCAGUUUGAUCUCAAGAGCCCAUCAGAUCCAUUCAACAAGCGCCAGACGUUCCCACCAGCUUCCGCGAUGAUGGAGGUGUACCUUCAGGAGAAAGCACCAGUUACGAGCGCACCAUCCGCCAUGCCAGUGUGCCCUUCCUCGCCUCUCACCAGCAAGAGCAGCCACCCCCCACAGAUGUCCCCGGUGUCUUCAGAGAACCAGUCAGGAAGUCCUCAGCCUGCUCACCAGAAAAUGAAGGUUCAGAAGAAGAAGGCUUCGCUUACAUCUAAGAUUCCGGCUCUGGCAGUGGAGAUGCCCGGUACAGCUGACAUCUCCGGGCUCAAUCUGCAGUUCGGGGCUUUGCAGUUUGGAUCGGAGCCGGUGUUACAGGAAUACGAGUCCUCUCCAACCACGAACGCUACAGUGAGCCAAACACAGAACAGCUUGUAUACCAGCCCGGCAAGUGAAUCGUCCAGCUCUGCAGUCAGCAGUCAGAGCCCGGAGUCUGCAUUUCAAGCUAGUAGCCUCCAGAGCGCAACCUAUACCUCACAGGGCACUUCUCAGGGGCCAUUAUACGAGCAGAGGUCUACGCAAACACGACGGUAUCCCAUCUCUUCCUCGACCUCGUCCCCACAGAAGGAACAUGGCCAAUCCAAGAAUGGCUUCAGCUCCUUGCAAGCUCCCACGAUGCAGGCCUCUGUGCCUGGAGAAAUGCCCACAACCCCCUCGGUGAAAGCAGAUUCAUCAUCUGCCCACAGCAUCUCCGCUCUUAGUGACCCCGUCUCUUCAUCUUCCUUACUGAUCACGGCUGGAUCCCACUCCACCCAGCUUAGUGGUCUGAGCCACAAUGAGGAGCUGCAGAAUCCACCUGCGUCCACGCAGCUGAGCAGUACUUUACCCUCUCAGCACCAGACGCCUGUGUCCUCCACAGUCAGAACUUCCUCAUCAAUUCCCCUGCAUACCAGUGUGGAGAGUGACACCAGUUUGCACUCGUCAGUCGCCAUCUUCUCCACAGCCUCCAUCCCCAUCCCCAGCGCUGCGCCCAUCUCCUCACUCAAUGUCAACAGCCUCGGGCUUGGCCUGGCCACGACUUCUACAGUCAUCCCCUCCACCCGGAACUCCAUUGCUACCACAUCAGGUAAAGCACCUCCCAACCUCCCCCCUGGUGUCGCCCCGCUGUUACCGAACCCAUAUAUCAUGGCUCCUGGUCUGUUACACGCCUACCCUCCACAGGUCUAUGGUUACGACGAUCUUCAGAUGUUACAGACAAGAUUCCCCUUGGAUUAUUACAGCAUCCCGUUCCCUACGGCCACCACUCCUCUCACUGGAAGAGAUGCAAGCCUGACCAGUAACCCGUACUCCGGUGACCUCGCCAAAUUCGGCCGUGGAGACGCCUCCUCCCCUGCUCCGGCGACAACGCUGGCACAGCCACAGCAGAGCCAGACUCAAGGCCACCAUGCCACACAGCAAACAUUCCUUAACCCUGCCCUGCCUCCAGGAUACAGCUAUACCAGUCUUCCCUACUACACCGGGGUACCGGGUCUACCCAGCACUUUCCAGUAUGGCCCUGUGUUCCCAGUGGCGCCUACUACAUCAAAGCAACACGCGGUGAAUGUUGGGGUCAAUACUUCAGCUGGCGCCUUCCAACAAGCGGCCAGCUACGGCUCUCACGCUUACAACACCGGUGUGUCUGUUACCUCCAGUAAUACAGGUGUCCCUGAUAUAUCUGGCUCUGUCUAUUCCAAGACGCAGCAAUCGUUUGAGAAGCAGGGUUUCCACACCGGCACACCGGCUACUUCCUUCAAUCUGCCCUCGGCGCUGGCAAGCGCAGGUCCGAUCAACCCAGCUGCAGCUGCUGCCUACCCUCCCGCUCCAUUUAUGCACAUCCUGGCACCACAUCAGCAACCUCACUCCCAGAUCCUCCACCAUCACCUCCAGCAAGAUGCCCAGACCGCCUCGGGACAGCGCACCCAAGGAGCCUCCAUGCCGCAGAAAUCUCAGGCAAGCAAGUCGGCAUACAGCAGCUACAGCUGGGGGUCCAACUAACCGCCGCCGUCUCCCACAAAGGACAUUGCAAAA